AUGAAGCUCACCACCUCCUUCGUCCUUGCUCUCGCCGCAGCCUCGUCUGCCUCAGCCUCGCCCCUGCUGCGUCGCCAGGAUCAGAGCUCAUCCUCGGAUGCUCUCCCUACUCCCUCUGCGGCUGUCAGCAGUGCCUCCAGCGCCCUGAGCUCAGCCACUUCCUCGUCGACCUCCUCCGCGACCUCAUCCUCGUCCGCAGCGGCAUCCACUUCCACCGGCAGCGUCAACUCGACCACCACCACCUUCAACGACACCCAAAUCCUCCAGUAUGCUCUCACGCUUGAGCACCUCGAGGCGACCUUCUACAACCAAUCGCUCUCCAAGCUGUCUGCCCAGGACUUCGAGGAUGCUGGCUACAACGCGUCGGUGCGCGAUCGAAUUUACUCGAUUGGCCGAGAUGAAGCCUCCCACGUGGAGCUGCUCACCACCGCACUCGGCAACCAGUCCGUCCCCGCUUGCACCUACAACUUUUCUAGUGUCCAGGACGUCUCUAGCUUCCUCACCACGGCUCGUGUGCUCGAGGGCGUUGGAGUGAGUGCCUACCUCGGGGCGGCUGGCAACAUUACUGAAAAAGAGUACCUCACCGUGGCUGGCAGCAUCUUGGUGGUGGAGGGACAGCAUCAGAGUUAUCUGAUCGCCCAAACCGCCGACGGCGGUAACUCGAUCCCUAGCCCCUACGCUACUCCUCUCGACUUCCAGCAGGUCUACUCGCUCGCUGCGCCGUUCAUCGAGUCGUGCCCUGAGAACGCCACUCUGCCUAUUACCGCGUUCCCCCAGUUGACCCUGUCGGGUGGUGCGGCUAACGGCUCCUUCACCCCUGGUGAGCAGGUCACUGUCAACUACAACGCUACCAACGCUACGCAGACCAACUACCUCGCCGUCAUCCAGGGUGUCACAGGUCCCCAGUUCUUGCAGCUUUCCGGCAACGGUUCCUCGGUCACUCUGCCCAGCAACCUUACCGGCGGCCAGAUGUAUGCUGUGGUCACGAGCGACAAUUCGGCUGUGACGGACGACAACACGAUCGCUGGCCCCGCAGUUGGGUAUGUCAACAUCCCCCUGCCCGCUGCGCCUAGUGCUACUGCCGCUAGCUCCGGCGCCAGCUCCAGCUCCAGCGCAAGCGGAAGCUCCAGCUCGAGUGCUUCGUCGAGCUCGUCGACCAGCUCGAGCUCUAGCGCUAGUGCCAGUGCAAGUGAUGCCGCCUCGUCGUCGGUGAGCAUCGCAUCUGCCAUCCCCACCAACGCCCCUGACGCUCAGCCUACCGCGGCCCUGCCUAGCAGCGUCGCCCCCAGCUCGUCUGCCUAA